AUGAACGGAAUGCUGAUUCCACCCGUAUCGUGCAGAGAAUAUGAGUAUGGACACAUCGAUCUGCCCGUAAAGGCGGCGAAGGCUUUUGCCACACUGAACGACAAAUUCAACUUCGUCUACAUCUCACAUGACGGAUGUCACGAUACACGUGCAGUCUACAUUUUUGACGUGAAAGCCAGGGCGGAAGAGAACCUUUUCCAGCUUCACCACGACCCAAGCAAGCGCUUGGAGAUUCGGACCAAGGGCGGGAUCGAAGACCACGAGCCGCUGCCCUCCUUUGUUCUGUACUGCAUUCGACCAGCGCUUAUUGACUACAGCAGCCACGACGCCAUCAAACCCUGGCUGAAGCCCCUGCCUUUGGCGAAAAAGUGGACAAAUGGCGUGAUCCUGCCACUGUACAGGUUUCUUGGCCUUACCAGCAUCAUGGGUACAUCGCAAGAGCUGGGCCAGGCGAUGACGGACCUUGUCAUCUCUGAUGGGCGUGAUGUGGAUGUCGCAGGAGCAUCACCUGAAGGCAGAUGUUUGGGCGCUGUGGGGAUGCGGAAUUGGACCCAAGCAAGGAAUGAGCGUCUGGAGGAUACAGUCACUGUCUAG